AUGCCACCCACACCAUUCCAUCCGACCCAUACAACGCCAUUCAAAUCAUCCAUAUCUUCAAGUCAACAGGCUAAAAGAAGGGAAGCUUUGCAAUCCACCAAUCCUACAAGUACACAAGGUGACUCUUGGCCUAUUCCCGUAAAUGCAGAUCAAUUGGACGCUCGUCAUUGGACUUACUUGGCGGAAGGGGGCAAGAAUCUUCUACUGAGAUAUACAGGCCCAGAUGUGUAUCCAUUCGUCAAUACUCGAGAUGGAAGACGGAUGGCCUUGCGUAUUGGGAAAUCGUCACGCCAACAGCUAAAUGAUAAAGGUGCAUCAAUUUCAAGCGAGCCUUCAUCAUCAUCAUCGAAUAUCCAGCAAAAAGGUGGAGAUGAGCAGGAGAUUGAUUCAGAAGAGUGGCAGGAGCGUAUUCUAUUGCCCGAUCUUGCCGAUGCAGGAAGUGAUGAGCUUGUACCUCCUCUCAUCCGAGUUGAAUCGACCAAGGCUUUAAACUCUUUCUUACGCUUUAUUAUCUCAAAGAUUGAGGGCCUAAGACCGAUAGAGCGUCGACUCAAAACAGGUAUCGAUGCAGAUAAGCCUUCCGAGGUAUUCAUCACAGAAGAUUUGAGUGCCCCAAUCCCAAAUCACCCUUGCUUGAUUCUGGAGAUCAAACCUAAAUGUGGCUUCUUACCCAAGGAAGGAGAUGCAUGGAAGCAAAGUACAUCCCGUUUCCGAAUGCAUUCCGUCUUGAAGGGGGAUGCCAAAUUAACAAAGGAAGAAUUUGAGGCGCUAUACGAUCCAUUGGACUUGUAUAGCGGGCAACCUGAUCGAGUUGAAAAGGCGGCAACGGCUUUGUAUGCCUCUUGGCAGCAAGGCCGUGAAAACAACCUGCGUAUCUUCUUGGACGGUAAGAAAGUCGAGCACCCCACAUCAGUGAUAGAAGGUGGCGCCGGUAUCAUGGAGCAAGCUGAAACAUUGACCAAAAAGCUCUAUAACGACCCAAACCUCAACCUUGCACAAGCGGUUGCCCGCAUCCUCGCUUCAGAGCAAGUGCAAACGAUUUUGAAACGAUUGCGUACACUGCAACAGCGCUAUGAUCCGAUCGAUGUAGAAGGUGUCGAUAAAGAAGCACAAAGACAAGAAGGAAAAAGUCUAUUGGACCGAACAGAUGAGAUGAGUAUAUCCUUGGCAGAGUAUGAGAGCAUGCUUGCAAAGGUAGGCAGCGGGGAGAAAAAUCUAAGCCUUCGCGAAUUGAUCGCAAGCUUUCUGCUCUCAACAUCGUACAAAGAUUGUUCGCUAUUCAUUCGCAUUAGUGAUGGACCUAAUGAACCUGUCAUCCACACACACCUGGUUGAUCUCGAUCCGAAACCGGUGGUCAAGUUGCCCUAUCUAUUAUCAAUCGAUCGUGAAAUCACCAAGACAUUUACCGAAUGGGCAAAAGAUGUUCAGCUAUAG